AUGUAUGCGUUUGGCUUAACCCUUCGACUCUUCCUUCACUUGAGAAUGUCAAGUCGUCAUCAUACUCUCCUUCUGGCACGACGUGGUCUCUCCUCAUCGCAUUUCUCAUCUCCCGCUGGGAAUAAUAAUAAUAAUAAUAAUAAUAAUAAUAAUAAUAAUAAUAAUAAUAAUAGUGGAAGAGUAUCACCACAAUGUGAUAUUAGAGGGAGACGUUAUUCACAUCUACUGGAGACAGAGUUAUUCCAGUUUGCGCAACGUAUGAAAUUUAAAUCUUCUCAUUGGAUUACAGAGAUGGAACGGAAAAAAAUGGAUUUAAAACUUUCUUCAAAUGAAGAAGUUCCAUUUUAUCCUAUUAGUGUAAUGAAUAAAUUGAAUAUUUCUGCUGUAAUGAAUGUUGUGUUUGUUGAGGAAACAGAUUUAUUUUUCUUUUUUAUGCAACGACCAUUACCAAUACGUGAUAUCUCUUAUGAUGUACAUUGGGUAGACAUGGAUGGACAAUGGCGUUCUUUUACAUCUACGGAUUCCUUGUAUACUCGCCUUGUGUUUCUCUGGCAUUAUCUUAAUCGUCUGAUGUUAAUGAACACAGACUUGAAAGGAUCCUCUUCACAUAAUACUCUCACAUCACCGACAUCACAGAAAAGUAGUAGGAAGAAGAGCCGCACAUGUGAACUUAUUUUACCUUCAGCUUUUACUCCUGGACGGCAACCGGAGUUUUUUUGGUUAGAUUAUAACGCCUUCUUUUCUCAUCAGUUGUCUCUGUAUACAGAUUCGAUGUGGGUUCCACUCUACUCUGACAGAGUGGACUACAUUGGCAUGUAUAACUUUGACCAGAUAGUUAUAUCGUAG